GUCUUAGGAGGAGAGGAGGUUUUCUAUGAACAGAUGCUUACUUUUCAACAAUAUUCAGGCUACUUGUGGUUUGAGUUUUUUGGGCUUUUCAGGGGCCUGCUUUUACGUGGUGCAACAAGCGAAAAGGUCUUGCAAGGGUUCAGGAACACGUAUCCAUGUUCCGCCGCGCCGGGUAUACUGAGUAUAGGUAGCGGCGGUCAACACGAGGCGAUCCACACGUACCCUCAUGCCGGUGGUCCACACGUUGGUCAUGCCUCCAUCCCUCUCGUACCGGUGGUCAAUACGAGGUGCUCCCUACUAGAGGUCUAUUGUCCCUCUCGCCUCUCUUGGGCCACUCUUUCUCCGGCAAGUGCCCGUGGGUGCGCCUCCUUCCCUGGCUGA